AUGCGUUUUGAGCCAUUAAUUCACACGGCUCUUGUUGUUUUUAUCAUCAACGUAAAUGCCUCGGAUGAUGAAGAACGUCUUAUGGUGGACGUAUUUCGCGGUUACAACUCACUGAUCCAACCGGUACAAAACAUCUCUGAAAUACCGAUUAUCGUCAAAAUGGCGCUACAAUUAGUGUUGCUCAUUAAUGUGGACGAAAAAGAUCAAGUGAUGCACACUAAUGUUUGGCUAACACUGAAAUGGCAUGAUUUUCAAAUGCGUUGGAAUCCAGUGAACUAUGGUGAAAUUCGUGAGAUACGCGUUUCACCGGAUAAAGUUUGGCUGCCGGACAUCGUUCUUUUCAAUAACGCUGAUGGCAACUACGAGGUAUCAUUCAUGUGCAAUGUUGUUAUAAACUAUCUUGGUGAGAUGUUAUGGGUGCCGCCAGCGAUCUAUAAAAGUUCCUGUAUCAUCGACGUAGAAUUCUUUCCUUUCGAUGAACAAGUUUGUACACUCGUAUUUGGAUCAUGGACGUACAAUGAGAAUGAGAUAAAGCUCGAUUUUGAUCAAGCCGAAUGGGUGGAUCUAUCCGAAUAUGCGCCAUCUUCCAUAUGGGAUGUGAUGGAUGCUCCCGCGUCACUAGUAAAUAAACGAAGUCGAAUUGAAUUUCAAGUUAGAAUACGACGAAAAACUUUGUUCUACACUGUGGUGCUUAUUAUACCUACGGUACUUAUGGCUUUCCUGAGUAUGGCUGUGUUCUUCUUGCCAACAGAUUCAGGAGAAAAAAUGACGUUAACAAUUUCUGUUCUCUUAUCUAUUGUUGUAUUUUUGCUACUUGUGUCGAAGAUUCUACCGCCUACGUCAAGUACCAUACCACUAAUGGCAAAGUACUUGCUCCUAACUUUUGUGCUCAACGUGAUCACCAUCUUGGUUACUGUAAUCAUCAUUAAUGUCUACUUCCGUGGACCAACAACUCAUCGAAUGCCGGCAUGGGUGCGAAAACUCUUCUUAGAGUGGAUGCCUUGCGUUAUGUGCAUGCAACGACCGAAAUCGGCUUCACGAAAGUUGUUGACUAGUCAGAAGAGGGGCGUCGCUCAACUUCCAGGAUUGGGGCAAUUCACCUUCAAUCCAGCCACACAUCAUCCGUUUUGUCCUAGUGCCGAUGAUAGGACCGCCACCAUGAAAGUACUGAAUAGUUCAACGGAAAUACCUAGAGAUCCAGUAACGGCGGCAUACUAUCCGCUAUCUCCGGAUGCUUUGAGAGCGAUAGACGCUAUCGAAUACAUUACUGAUCAUUUGAAACAAGAUGAGGAAUAUAAAAUGUAUCGAGAUGACUGGAAAUACGUGGCAAUGAUUAUCGAUCGAUUGCUGCUCUACGUCUUUUUUGGCAUUACUGUUGGUGGUACAUGUGGAAUACUUUUCAGUGCACCGUACGUCUUCCAAGUUGUUAACCAACGAGAAGUGCUCCAGAGACUCAUCGAUUUAUACAAGAGUGGAGGAAGUCGGAGCUAA